CCCAUAUUGAUCUACACCGACGGUUCAUGUCUGGGUAAUGGGGCACACCACGCCCGUGCAGGGAUAGGCAUCUUCUUCGGCCCGUCCGAUCCCCGCAACAUGAGCGCCCGCCUGCCCGGCCCAGUACAAACGAACAACCGCGCGGAAGGUUUUGCGGUGAUUCGGGCGAUGGAGAUCAUGCUGCCUCCCACACCGCCCUGUCGGCCGGUCAUCAUCUUUUCUGAUUCGUCCUAUAUGAGACCGGAGUUUGAUGAGUGGAUGCAGGGGUGGAUAUGGAAUGGGUGGAUAACGAGGGAGGGAACGGAUGUGCGCAAUAAGGACUUGUGCCUUCGGUUAGCGGAGUUGAGAAAC